AUGGCUGCCAAUGGAGGUAAUGGUACCUACGAUGAAGCUUUUCUCAAUGAGAGUCGACAGAAUGAAGUUUACGCGACGCAUAUCGCAUUUUUUGUCCUCAUGAUGAUUAUUGUGCCAUGUCGGUUCUUUUCAGCGCGGUUGACAAAGAAGACGCUAUCAUGGGACGAUUGGCUUGCAUACUUUGCAGCCUUCAAUACGAUCGGGGUAUUCAUCACAAGUAUGCUGUGGCUUCGAUUUGGCCUAGGUAGGCAUCUUGCCUGGGUGAUGCAGGACGACCCAGAGAACAUCGAAAACUUCUUCAAGGCCAUCAUUGCAAAUGAGAUCAUGUACACGACAGCUUUGGCCUGUGCGAGGCUAUCCCUUGUAGCGUUCUUCUACCAUAUCUUUGGCGUCUCAACCAUGAGAUACUUUCUGCACGGAUUUGUCGUUUUCAUCAUUGCGUGGGCGAUCUCAACGUACGUUCCCUCGAUUCGAACAUGCUGGCCUAUUUCUAGCUUCUGGGAUGGCACGAAUCAGAAUUGUAUCGAUCUUUCCAAGUUUUAUGUUGGUGUCGCGAUUGGAGGUAUCGUCACUGAUAUUGGUCUGAUGAUUAUUCCUCUGCCGUACAUCUGGGCUUUGAAGGUACCCUUGUACCACAAGAUCUUGAUCGCAAUCAUGCUGGUCUUUGGUAGUUUAAUAAGUGCUUGUUUCGUCACAAUCAUCCGCCUCACCAAGGUCAUCACCGUUGAUCUGACCGAUCCAACCUGGGGAACUGUCGACCUUAUGAUCUGGACCGGCAUGGAGGUCUACAGCGCUGUGAUCUGCUGCUGCCUCCCGACCAUGCGUCCGCUCGUCAAAUUUGUCUGGAAGAAGCUUGGCCUGAAGCAAUUGAGUUCAAGCGGCAACACAGAUCCAUCAAAGCCUACAUCAAAUGGAACUGGCAUGUGGGGAAAUAAGUCCCGUCAAACCUCGCGACAUUUAACAGAUGGCGUUCUUGCAUCUAAUGCAGACGAGGUGGAGUUGACGAAGCAUGCUUAUUACGAGCUGCAUUCAGAUAAUGCUCAUGGUCGAUCACAAGACUCGAUCACGGUGCAUCAGCAAGUUUGA